AAAAGUCUUUCACUGUUUGAAACAAAGAAAAGAAUAUAUUUGCCUUAACAACUAAUCCAUCUAUCCUUCAAAUUUUGUUCAUAAAUUUCUAAAAGCCAAUACAAGUUUUAUUUCAUUGACAUGAAUUUCAUCAACACUUUUAUUAUAUUCACGUGUCUCAUUUCAUGGGCAUGUUGUCAAGAACAUAUAGACAUAGAACAAGUUCCAAGAAUCUUGGAACACAAGCAAGAAGUUUGGUUACGUUGUAGCAGCUGGAGAAUCGCAGCCGAGGCGAAUAAUCUAAGUCCAUGGAAAACGGUCCCGGAAGAAUGUGUUGAGUAUGUUAAGGAAUAUAUGUUGUCUAAAAGAUAUGAGAUUGAUCUUGAAACUGUGUCCAAGGAAGCUUUGGAGUUUGCCAAGAGUUUUGAGUUGAAUGGUGAUGGAAUGGAUGCUUGGAUAUUCGAUAUCGAUGAAACUUUGCUGUCGAAUUUGCCUUAUUAUGCACAACAUGGUUAUGGGUCAGAGAUUUUUGACAGUAAUCAAUUUGACAUAUGGGUCCUUGAGGGAAUGGCACUGACGAUUGAACCUAGCUUGAAGCUGUAUGAGGAGGUCUCAAAGCUCGGGUUUAAGAUUCUCUUGUUGACAGGACGCACUGAGAGCAAGAGGAGUAUUACCGUAAAUAAUUUGAUGAAGGCGGGAUUUGAGAAUUGGGACAGACUCAUUUUGAGAGGUGCUGAAGACCAUGGAAAGACUGCAGAAGCAUUUAAGUCGGAAAAGAGAAAAGAGAUCAUGGAAGAGGGGUUUCGAAUUAUUGGAAAUUCAGGUGAUCAGUGGAGUGACUUAUUAGAUUCAGCAGUCUCAUUGAGAUCAUUUAAGCUUUCAAACCCCAUGUACUUUAUAUCUUGAUUGUUCGGACAUUUUUUAUUGUGAGAAAUUGAGAAUUGUAAAGAUUUGAAAUGAACUUAAUAUAUAUGCUAUGUGGGAACGGAAUUCCAACUGAAACAUUUUCGGUUA